AUGCUUCAGAAGCAUGGCAUUGACUUCCUCGUGCUCGAAGCGUAUCCAGAGAUUGCACCCCAGGUUGGUGCCAGCAUCGGAUUCCAACCGCAUGGCCUUCGUAUCUUAGACCAACUGGGUAUGUAUCAGGAGCUCCGCAAGCAGGUUAGUGCUGUUGAUAAGUUCGAAAUGCGAAAUGACAAGGGUGAGUUAUUGGUCACCUUUCCUGAUGCUGAGAACACCUUUGUCCAGCGGCAUGGGUAUCCCCUCAUAUUUCUCGAACGCCAGUUGGCUUUAAACAUACUAUACUCGCAUCUCGAUAAAUCGAAGGUUUUGACUGGAAAGGCCGUUUGUAAUGUUGCCCUCUUGCAAAAUGGCGUCACUGUCACAACGAAAGAUGGGGACUUGUACUCAGCGGAUAUCAUCGUUGGAUGCGAUGGCACCCACAGCACGGUCCGCCGGGAAAUGGUGAGGCUGGCAAGUGAAACUUCUCCAGGACAUUUCCCUGCUAGGGAAUUCGAUGAUAUGCGGUGUGACUAUGGCUGCGUAUUUGGCAUAUCCAAGGUUUCUUCCCCUCUGCCUAUCGGCUCGUUCACCAGUGUGCUUCGACGCAACAAUUCAUAUGGAAUUCUAGGCGGACUCCAUGGCCGUGUCUACUGGUUUCACUUUUUUAAGUUGCAGAAUCGUGCUUACGGAGCAGGUAUCCCCCGAUUCAGCAAGGAGGAUGAAUCACGACAUAUCCAGGAGCACGAAAACGACAUUCUCACUCCUAACCUGAAGUUCAAGGACCUCGUAAAGGGAAAGGUCGCCUGUAAUAUGACUGCCCUUCCUGAAUACAUUGUUCAGCAGUGGCAUCACAACCGCAUCAUAACGAUCGGGGACUCGGCACAUAAGUUUCACCCGAUUGCUGGCCAUGGCGGCAAUUCAGCUCUCGAAUCUAGCGCCGCUCUAACAAAUGCUUUGGUGCGAGCGCUCAAGGAAUCAAUUUCUAAUGAGUUGAGCACUUCUCAAAUUUCAGACAUCUUCCAGGAAGUCCAGGAUCUCCGCCAUAAGACAGUGAAGAGGUUAAUUGCAGUGUCCCACAGCCAGCAGCGGCUGCAAUCAUUGGAAACUCUUUUUCUCAGGUUUGUCGCAUUACACGUACUCCCGCGAGUUCACAAAGAUCGCGUCAUCAACAACAGCUCUGAGUCUUGUCCACCGGCGCAAAGGUUGGAGAAUGUCGGACUCCCUCCUCGCAUUACCCUUGUCCCAUAUGACUCCGACCUGCUUAGCCCCCCUUGCUGCAGAGGUUGGUACAGCUGGGUGUUGGCUUCAUUUUUCUUCGCCCUUUCUGCUGUUCAAUUUUGGGCGAUGGAUAUCUGGGCUGUGUUAGCAAGGGCACCAGGUUUAUUCGAGAAGGCGAACGUAGCUCCAUUCACCGGUAUUGAAUUUCUCGAUAAGAUUUUGGUUAUUCCCCUUCCACGGUAUGCAGCAUGGAACAUGGAAGUCACACCUUGCUUUACCAUUGUCCAGAUGUAUUUGUACUUCUCACUUUUUCCCAUAGUUGCCAUAUCCACAACUGAAUCUUGCAGGAAACGCAACAGUUUGAACUUGUUGACUUUCUUCAGCACAAGUUUUUGGGCCAUCAUCUAUCACGCCUUUGGAAUCGCCGUCGCCGCUCCCUUACAUUGCGCAGCAUAUAUUCUCACAUCAUCAAACGUGCAUUACUGGUGGCCCGUCUCCCGCCAGGUCCCAACAUCUUAUGCGAAGACACUGCUCCCAGCUCUAGUUCUGGGCUACCUCCUGCCUCCACUCUUAUCAUUUAAGGGAUAUUCGGGCCACUGCAUAGCCGAAGCUAUCGCCCUAACCUUACAUCGCGCCCCUAUAUACGUCAACACCCUUCUCAUCAUCUUUUCAACAGUAUACGCGAUGUUCUACCCUGACAGCCACCGGACUCCACCCGCAGAUAAACCCAUGCCGGACAUUCCAUGCCUAAAUCGCGUCUACCUCUGGUCAUUGAGUGUUGCCACCCUAGUCCAUGUCCUCAUCAUCUCCACCGCGUUGUCACCUCGUUAUCUAGAUCUAUCCAUCUCACACAUUUUCACACCACACAGCAGCAGUUUACAAUCUAUAUUCGUUGUGUUUGGAGAUAUCCGCAUGCUCUGGCUCGCGGGUUUUUGGGUGUUCUGGAUCGCGACGGCGGUAUGGUGCAUUCUGGCCGUGUGGGAUAUGAAUCGAGUUGGCAGGGCACGAGUUAACCUAGGCGUGGCGGUUGUGGUGAUUGCGAUGGGAAUUGCUGCCGUUGGACCUGGGGCAGUGACUGCAGCUGUAUGGUAUUGGCGGGAAGAGAAGAUGGCUAAGGUUUUCUUCAGCAAAGUAGAGGAGAAUUCAAGGGCACACUAGCACCUUCUCCAAAAGUUAGAUCUGUCUAUGGACUUAUAUCCUCAUGGCAUUUAU